UGUUAAGUACAUAGUUGAAAUUUGAAUUAAAAAUUCGAAAAUGCUUUAAUAAAUCGUGUAUUAAAUUUUUCAAGUAUGAAUGAAGAAAUGGAAAAAUGUGUACUUCAAAAUAUUCCUUGGGCAAAUUUACCUCCAGCCAUAAAACAAGGAGUUGGAAAUUCUCUAAAAGAGUACAAAAAAUGUAUUUCUGUGUAUAGCAUAAGGAAUCAAGUUCGAUACAAAACAAAUUUAGUGAGAACAGUUGUUAAAAACGAACAAAAUUACUAUGAAGAUUUGAUGACAUAUAGUAGAGAAAAUUUGAUGCUCUAUCCGUACCAUCUGUCAGAUGUAAUUGUUAAAGGAUUAAGAAUAACACCAUUUCAAUUUUAUAUAUCAACUAUUAUACAUGUUAUGGAGUCAGAUAAAAGCUAUGAUUCAAUUCCAAAUUUCACAGCAGUUGAUUGCCUUAGAAUACUAGGAAUUGGACGUAAUGAAUAUAUUGAAUUAAUGAAUCAAUGCCGAACAAAAAAUAAACUUUUUAGAAGGAAAAAUGAGAUACGACCAAUGUUACCAUCUCAACCAAUAGAUCUAAAUCCAGAUCCUUGGUGGACUGUUGAUGUUGGAUGUUUGUUCGAAGAUGAUAUUAAAACCAUCAAUGAAGACGAAAAAAUAUUUAUUGACCACAUAAUUGAUAAUGGACAACAAAUGGCUGGAAACUUAGAUUACAAUAUACUCCACAGUCUUUACAAAAAAGGCUUAAUUUACUAUGAUGUUCCAAUAUAUGAUGAUGACCAUAUAAUAGUAUCAACACUUGGUGGUUUUGUUAUGAACAGAGUGCUUGGUGAUAAUUUUGAAAAUCUUCUUUACAAAAUUUUUGUUUCUAUUGAUGAACACACUUCAGUUAGUGAGUUGGCUACAGUAUUAGAAAUUGACUUGGAAUCUGUUAAAAAUGCAGUUUCCUUAUUUUGUCGAUUGAAAAUCGCCCAAAAGAAAAAUCCUAAAACUUUUUCUACUCAUUUAUCCUGGUCUAGUUCUAAAAAUAUUCCAAAAUUAGAAAUAGCAAAUGAAGAAAAUGUAUCUGAUUUAUCUUCUUCAAUAGUAUUAUCUACUGAAAUACCAGAUAAUCUUGAUUCAUCGCCAGAUAAAUGUAACACUGAAAAAAGAAUGGCUUUUUUGUUUGAUUCGACUCUUACAGCAUUUUUGAUGAUGGGUAAUCUCUCUCCUAGUCUAAAAGAUCAUGCAGUUACAUUAUUUGAAGCUGGUAAAUUAACUGAUGAAGCAUUAAAUGUGUUUUUGGAUGAACUUGACAAAGUUGCUGAUGGUUACAGUUCUGGUAGUUGUGUUUUUGGAAGUGAAACUCCUAGUGCAGGUGAGAGUGAAGGUGAAGCUAGAAGAUAUUUUGAACAUGCAUUAACACUCAGAAGCACUGUGAAAGCAUUAAGGUCAGAAAAUUACUCUGGUAAACUGGAUCUUAUUCGAUGGGAAAGUCUUAAGUCUUUAACAGCAGAUACAUGCGUUAGAUUUUUGAAAAAAAAUUAUAAUUUAUUAAUGUCAAUGGCUCCAUUAAAUAAGGAAACACCUCUUUUAUCAUCACCAAAAUUACCACAUAUUGGUCCUCCUAUACCUGAAGUGAAUUCAGUUUGGUUUAAACUAUAUUUAUAUCAUAAAACAUGUUAUGGACCUCCAUCAUUACUUUUGAUUAGAGGUGUACGCUUAUGGAAUGUUCCUAAAAUGUUUAGACAUUGUUCUAAAGUAAUGAUAACUACUUGGGGACAUGAUCCACAUUUUAUUUCAAUUGAGAACUUAUUAACCAUUAUUAAUGACACAUUAAAAGAAUCACCAGUUCUUAUACAAGCUUGUAAUCCAAAUACUUGUGUAUUGCCAUUCCCAAAAAUGUACCAUUCACAAAAUGAACAUUCAUUUUUAUAUGAAGAAAAUUGUUUAAAAAGUUUAUCAAAUGUUUUAAACAUAGAAAAUACGUGUGGAUACAUAACUUGUGUCACAACACCAAAUAAAUAUGAAAAGAAAUUUAUUUCAGAACAGCCUAGUGAUGUUUCACCUAUUUUUCAAAAAAAUGGAGUCUCUCUCUUAAAAGAAGAAUUAGAUAAAUUAAAUGAUGCUACAUGUUUAAAAAAAUCAUUGCUAUUAGAACCUGUUUAUGAUAUGUCAGAGUGGACUUUGUUAGACUGUUGUUUUGGUGUGCCACUUUUUAAUUCAGAUGUCAACCAAAACAUUUGUAAACAUAUUGUAGAAAAUCAAAUGUGGAAUGAAGAAAAUGUUAUGAAACUUGUGGAAUCAAAUGAGUUAUUAUCAAAAGACUUAUUGAAUUUUAUAGAGUUAUAUAAGGACUCUGAUAAAGAUUUUGAAAAUUUAUUACCAUUUGAUAAAUCAUCAAUAGCAUGGCCUGUUGAUUGUUUGAUAUUUGAAAAUGGAAAAUUGACAGUAUGGAAGUAAAUUAAGUAUAUUAAAAAUAAUUAUUUUAAUCACAUUUAUUAUUAAUUUAUUACUAUAAUUCCA